AAUACUUGCAGAGCCAGCAGGGAGCUGAACAGCUCCUUCUCGGAAGCUGGGGACCCUCCACGUCUCUCCAGAUGGAAAGUCCCAGGAGGGGCGAAAGCCCAUGAGGUCAGCUGCCCUGGAGCAUUCCAGUUCUGUCAACCCAUCCUAAGGGCCCAGAGGACAGGAGCUUCUGACAGAGCUUUCCUCUGCUAACCUCCACAGUGACAUGACCUCAGGGUAGAUUCCAGAACUGAGGCCCCAGGAUGACAGAACCCGAAACCCUGGUCCUGCUGGAAGUGAAGAGGCCCGAGGCCCCGGAAAAGAGCCCACCCCAGGCCUUGGUCCCCAAUGGCAGGCAGCCGGAAGGGGAAGGUGGGGCCGAGUCCCCCGGUGCUGAGUCCUCUAGAGUGGGCUCUUCAGUUGGGUCUCCCACAGCUGAAGAGGGGGCUGAAGACGGUCUAGACAGCACAGUAAGCGAGGCUGCCACCUUGCCCUGGGGGACUGGCCCCCAGCCAGGUGCCCAGUUCCCGGAUCCCCCUGGCUGGCGGGACAUUGAGCCCGAGCCCCUUGAGUCGGAGCCACUCAGCAAGCUAGAGGAGUUGCCUGAAGAUGAUGCCAACCUGCUGCCUGAGAAGGCGGCCCGGACCUUCGUGCCCAUCGACCCACAGUGCAUCGAGCGGCGGCCCCAGGAGGACGUUGUUGUGCGCUGUGAGGCGGCCGAGGGGGAGCGCCGCCGGGCCUUCCUGCCCGCCCGGACCAUCCAGCCUGAGCCUUCCGAGUGCAAGUGGGCCGAGGCCGUGGCGCGGCCGCCCGGCCACUCCUGCGGGAGCUGUGGGGGCCACGAGGGGUUAAAGGCCGUGGCCUCGGUGGGAGCCGCUCUCAUUCUCUUCCCCUGCCUGCUGUACGGGGCGUACACCUUCCUGCCCUUCGAUGCCCCUCAGCUGCCCACCAUGAGUUCCCGCCUCGUCUACACGCUGCGCUGCGGAGUCUUCGCCACCUUCCCCAUCGUGCUGGGGCUCCUCGUGUACGGGCUGAGCCUGUUGUGCUUUUCUGCCCUGCGGCCCUUUGGGGAGCCGCGGCGGGAGGUGGAGAUCCACCGGCAGUACGUGUCCCAGUCGGUCCAGCUCUUCAUUCUCUACUUCUUCAACCUGGCUGUGCUUUCCACCUACCUGCCCCAAGAUACCCUCAAGCUGCUCCCUCUGCUCACUGGCCUCUUCGCAGUCUCCCGGUUGAUAUAUUGGCUGACCUUUGCCGUGGGCCGCUCUUUCCGAGGCUUUGGCUACGGCUUGACAUUCCUGCCCCUGCUGUCCAUGCUAGUGUGGAACCUCUAUUACAUGUUCCUGGUGGAGCCUGAGCGCAUGUUCACUGCCACCGAGAGCCGCCUGGACUACCCCGACUACGCCCGCUCAGACUACAGGCCCCGCCCCUGGGGCUGAGCUGCUCUAUCCUCUUGCCCCCAGCCUGGGUACCUCGGUGAGAUGUACCCCACUUUUGACCCAACAGGGUCCCAUCCAAUUGGAGCUUGGGCUGCCCCUCCCACUCCCGCUGUCUCCCAGUCAGGGCUGCCCUUUACCUUCGAAGCCCAGGAUAGUUAUGAGGGAGGGAGGUAGAGCAGAUGUUUUCUUGCAGGGAACGAGGUAGGCAGUCAUGUUCUUUAAGGGUGCAGAGGGCAUGGGGCCAGGACCAGGAGAAGCAUGGUUCCUUCCUGAGCAGCCACCCACCACUGCUGGACUCUGCUGGACUCUCCAGCCUCCUGUGAGGCAGUGGGGCAGAGCCACAGCAAAAACUCUGGCCAUUUCUGUGCCAGUUGUCUAAGCCGAGGGCCUCAAGGAGACUGGAAA